CAUACUUUAGUUCGCCACCACCGAUCGGCACGUUGGGGCAGGUGACCUCCACUCGCAAAGAAGGGCCGGCGAAGGAGAGCGAGAGCGGGAACAGGCGGGGUGUGGUGACAGGGACUUUCCCUCUCAUCUCUUCCCUUCUUUCCGUUCUCUCGGCUUCCCGCCGAGCUAUGGAAGCUUCGUUUCCCGCGACAAUAGGAAGCAAGCGAUCCUCACUCCUCAUCUCCUCUACUUCCCUCGCCGCCACCAACUCCGCCUUCCUCCUCCAAUCCAACGGCCAGUCCGCUCCCUCCGCCAAGCGCCACCGCCCCCCGCCUCCCCCCGUCGUCAUGCUCCCCGGGCAAACCGCCUUCCGGCUUCUCUGCCCUUCCGCCCUCGUCGGUGGCGUUAUCGGCAAGUCCGGCAGUGUUAUCCAGCUCUUCCGCCAGGAGACCGGCGCCCUUAUCCGCGUCGAGGAGGCGGUCCCCGGCUGUGACGAGCGCGUCAUCCUCGUCGUCGCUGCCACGAAGAAGAAGGAGAGCAAUGCCGCCGAGGGAGAGGGGGAAGUCUCCGUUGCUCAGGAUGCCCUCGUCAGGGUUUUCGAUAGGGUUUUGAAGGUCGAAGAUGAGAAACCGGCUGCCGGCGGGACCGGGUCGACGGUGACCUGCCGACUGCUCGCGUCUACGGGCCAGGUUGGCGGGGUCAUGGGCAAGGGCGGAAAGGUCGUUGCAAGGAUCAGGAAGGAGACUGGCGCCAAAAUUAGGGUUUUGCCCGUCGAGCAAUUACCGGCUUGUGCUGCUCCCUCGGAUGAGUUGAUUCAGAUUGUGGGAGAUGCUUCAGCAGUAAGGAAAGCUCUCAUAGCUGUAUCACGGUGUCUUCAAAACAAUCCACCAUUGGAUAAACUUCAAUCCAUGGCAAAUAGACCUGUCGGAUCACUUCCUCAUGGCAGCUUUGGCAACGUACGUGGUGAGCCAUCUUCAAGAAGGAACUCUUUGCCCAUGACUGGUGCAUCUGCUUCUGGUCCAUCUUCUCGAGGUGCUGUGGAUCAUCUUCCAGGAGGUCACUCGUUGAGACUAGAAGGGGCUGAUGGUAUUUCAUCCUCGGGUCAAAGAAGGGGUCAACAAGAGGUUGCUUUUAGAUUGGUUUGCUCCGAUAACAUGGUAGGCGGUGUAAUUGGCAAAGGGGGAGCUAUUGUCAAAGCAUUGGAGAAUGAAACUGGAGCAUCUAUAAGUGUGGCUCCACGCGUGUCAGACUCGGAGGACCGUGUCAUCACCAUUUCCGCUAUGGAGUAUCCAGAAUCACAAUUAUCUCGUGCACAAAAUGCUGUCAUUCGUGUUCAUGCUAGAUCUGUAGAAGCAGGUUUGGAGAAAGGUUUAGUGCAAGGCUCAGAGAAGGGUGAUUCUGUAUCUGCCAAGGUUCUUGUACAGGCAGAUCAAAUUGGGUGCUUGCUUGGUAAAGGUGGCACAAUUGUUGCAGAGAUGAGGAAAGCAACUGGGGCUAGUAUCUGGAUUUUCAGACAGGAUCAGGUCCCAAAAUGUGCUUCCAAGAAUGAUGAAUUAGUACAGAUAACCGGCACCAUUCAGAGCGUUAGAGAGGCUUUGUGUAUGGUGACUUCCAGGCUUAGAGAUAACAUGUUCCCAAACAGACCUGGUUCAGGAUCUGCAUCUUUACCAUCAGCUGUACCUGCCGUUGGUUCUUAUGGUGUAGCCCAUGAAGCAACCACCACCGGACCAUACUCAUCACACAAUUUUGAAAAGCCUUCUUCUCUGACUCUUAGUAUUGACAGUUUAACAUUGCCAAUCUCCGAUAAAGCUGGACUUUCAGACAGCUUUAACCAUCUAUCAUCAACAAAGUUAUGGGAGCCACAGGCAUUGACAACGGGGAAUCAGAGGAGCAUUCCAGAUAUUGGGCAAGUUUUAUCUACAGUGAGAAGCGGAACAGAUACUGCAAGUGCAAGCAAAUCUGCAGUUAUCACUAAUACUACCGUAGAGAUCUCAGUUCCUGAACGUGUUUUUGGUGCUGUUUACGGAACGAACGGAAGCAACCUAAACAUUAUCAGACAGAUUUCUGGCGCAAAGGUCAUAGCGCAUGAUCCACUUCCAGGAGCAGCAGCAGGCACCGUCAUCAUAUCCGGAACUCCAGAACAAACGCAGUCAGCACAGAACCUUCUUCAGGCUUUCAUUCUUAGCGGGCCAGGAAUAGCAGAUCUUAGAAAAAUAUGAUGCUUGUAUGCAUGCCAAGAAAAUUUUCCGUUUCUGCUUGUGUACUAUGAUAAUUUAUAACAAUUAUAGUUCAGAGUUGAAAUUUAAAAUCCCAGGUUGGUUUUC